GGGAGUCGGCGCGCGAGAAUAAUGGUGAAUAGAGGCAGCGGAUCAUUCCAGCUGGCCGCCCUGUAGAGAAUGGGACUGGAGCCUCGCGCUCUGUCGGCGGAGCAGCAGCCUUUUAAGGAGUUUCUCCCGCAAACUGGUCCAGAUCGAGGGUCUGCCGUUGCGCCUCUCCUCCUGCUCCUCCUCCUCCUCCUCCUCUCCUCCCUCUCCUCCUCUCCGCCCCCCGCAGCGGGAGUCCCGCUCGGCUCGAGGUAAGCACGCGCGCGCGCGCGCGCCGGGCUCCUCGGGGAAGGAUCGUCCGAUGCGUGCCAUAACAUCCAGGCGACUGCAUCAGGCUUUGGCUGCUGGAAUCGUCAGUCCACUUUCUACAAGAAGGUGCGAUCGCCCGACGGUUUGCUGCUACCUCACCCACCCCGCCUAAGUUCCUCCCUCCGAGCGGGCCGCCUUUGCCAAAGCUCCUGUAGGACAAUCCUUCAUGCAUUGCAAUGGUUACAUGAAUACAUUUUCACUGCCAUAGAGCCCUGCAGCUUCUCCACCGUGGAACUGCUUUCAACAAGAGCUGCAAAGAGCAUCAAAGAUCAGCAUUGUCGAGGGCUGAAACGCCGUCACUCUCCCAAACAUGAACUUUGUCACCAAGAUGCGCAGGAACCUGCGCCGCCUGGUGAUCCUGCUUGCCACCUUCUGCACGGUCAGCAUCCUUGUUUCAGCCUACUAUUUGUACAGUGGCUACAACCAGGAACUGGAGCUCUCCGAUAGGGCGGCCGCCAUGGAUUGCGGGGACCUCAAGCUCCUGCCUUAUAGGCUCCUGGAGAUGAAGACGGCGAAGCCCAUCGACACAUCCAGGAAGGAACCUGUUGUGCUCGUCUUUGUUGAGAGCCAGUACUCGCAGUUAGGCCAGGAUAUCAUUGCUAUUCUGGAAUCCAAUCAGUUCCAGUACCACUCGGAGAUUGCGCCCGGAAAAGGUGACAUUCCGCCCCUUACCCACAAGGGUAGAGGACGGUAUGCACUCAUCAUCUAUGAGAACAUGAUGAAGUACAUCAAUAUGGACGUGUGGAACAGGGACCUCCUAGAUAAGUACUGUGUGGAGUACAGCGUGGGAAUUAUUGGUUUUCACAAGGGCAAUGAAAACAGUCCACCAGUUGUGAAGCUCAAGGGCUUCCCUCUCUACCUUCACAAUAACCUCGGCCUAAAGGAUUGCUGCGUCAACCCUCGCUCCCCUUUGCUUUAUGUCACCAAACCAGAGGUGGACAGGGGACCUUUGCCCGGGGAUGACUGGACCGUUUUCCAGUCCAACCAUUCCACAUAUGAACCGGUGCUGUUGGCCAAGUCCAGGCCGAUUGAGAACGGUGCGGCGCCAGGCCUCAAUGUGCUGUCCCUCCAUGUCACGGUCGUCCAGGACUUGGGCCUCCACGACGGCAUCCAACGAGUCAUGUUCGGGCACAGCCUUAACUACUGGCUGCACCGACUCAUCUUCGUCGAUGCCAUCUCCUUCCUCUCCGGGAAGAAGUUGUCCCUGUCCCUGGAGAGGUACAUUCUGGUCGACAUCGACGACAUCUUCGUCGGGAAGGAAGGCACCAGGAUGAACGCCAAUGAUGUUAAGGCCCUGCUGGACACGCAGAACCUCCUCCGCUCUCAGAUCACCAAUUUCACGUUCAACCUUGGAUUUUCCGGAAAGUUCUACCACACCGGAACGGAGGCUGAGGACGAGGGCGACGACCUCCUGCUGAAGUACGUCGAUGAGUUCUGGUGGUUUCCCCACAUGUGGAGUCACAUGCAGCCACACCUGUUCCACAAUGAGUCCUCGCUCCUGGAACAGAUGAUCCUCAACAAGGAGUUUGCGCUGGAGCACGGCAUCCCCACGGACAUGGGUUAUGCCGUGGCCCCCCACCACUCGGGCGUCUACCCAGUGCACAUGCAGCUCUACGAAGCCUGGAAGAAGGCCUGGGGCAUUCGGGUGACGAGCACAGAGGAGUACCCCCACCUCAAACCGGCGCGCUACCGCAAGGGCUUCAUCCACAGCAACAUCAUGGUCCUCCCUCGCCAAACCUGCGGUCUCUUCACCCAUACCAUUUUCUACAAGGAGUACCCCGGUGGCCCCAAAGAGCUAGACAAGAGCAUUAGAGGCGGGGAGCUCUUUCUGACUGUGCUGCUGAACCCGAUAAGCAUCUUCAUGACUCAUUUGUCCAACUACGGGAAUGAUCGCCUAGGCCUGUACACGUUUGUGAACCUGGCCACCUUCGUGGAGUGCUGGACCAACCUCAAGCUGCACACGCUACCGCCGCUCCAGCUGGCCCACAAGUACUUCCAGCUCUUCCCUGAACAGAGGAACCCACUCUGGCAGAAUCCCUGCGACGACAAGAGACACAAGGACAUUUGGUCGAAAGAGAAGACCUGCGACCGCUUGCCAAAAUUCAUGGUGAUAGGGCCUCAGAAAACCGGAACCACGGCAUUGUACCUGUUCCUCAUCAUGCACCCUUCCAUAUCGAGCAAUUUCCCAAGCGCAAAGACCUUCGAAGAAGUUCAGUUCUUUAACACCAACAACUAUCACAAAGGUAUUGACUGGUACAUGGAGUUCUUCCCUGUUCCUUCCAAUGUGACUACAGACUUCUUAUUUGAGAAAAGUGCCAACUACUUUCCCUCGGAGGAGUCGCCCAAACGGGUGGCAGCUCUGCUACCCAAGGCGAAGAUCAUCACCCUGCUCAUCAACCCGUCGGACCGCGCUUACUCCUGGUACCAGCACCAGAGGGCCCAUGAGGACCACGCAGCUCUUCGAUACACUUUCUACGACGUGAUCUCAGCGGGACACCACGCGCCGCCGGAGUUGCGCUCCCUGCAGAACCGCUGCCUUGUCCCGGGCCUGUACGCCAUCCACCUCGAGCGGUGGCUUACCUACUUCCCCCCUAGUCAGCUUCUCAUCAUAGACGGCCAGCAGCUCAGGAACGACCCUGCAGCAGUCAUGGAUGAGGUCCAGAAGUUUUUAGGAGUCUCUCCAUAUUACAAUUACUCUCAGGCCUUGACGUUUGAUCCUCAGAAGGGAUUUUGGUGUCAGCUGCUUGAGGGAGGAAAGACGAAAUGUCUGGGGAAGAGCAAAGGGCGAAAGUAUCCCUCCAUGGACACCGAGUCUAGGGCCUUCCUGUCAAGGUACUACAAAGACCACAACGUGGAGCUCUCCAAGUUACUGCACCGUCUGGGCCAGCCGCUGCCCGCCUGGCUCCGGGAGGAGCUGCAGAAAGUCAGAUAGCGAGAGUGCCACCCGGGCAGAGGACUCCAUUCGUCACAGGCGCUGCAGCAGGCCUCUAAAGCACCUGCCAAAAGCAAACAACAAACAAACAAACAAACGAAACAAAACGAAACCACCCCGCCCUGGACUUUGAGCACCUCUUCAGGAGAACAAAUCCCUGUUUUAAUAUUUCCAUGUGCUGGCAUGUGGUGUCACGAGUACAGAAACCUGUGGGGAGAAGAUAAGGUGUGUCGCCUGUGGGGGUCCUAGGAGGGGGGGGGUGGAGAAGGAUGAGCGUGGCGGUGCUGGGAGUUGGGGAGUUGGGCGCAGGGCCCGCUCGGUGGGAGAGGGCCGAUUCCCGAGGAGGGUGCACACUGGCGAUGGCGGCGGUGGCCUUUUUUAGUUAUGGUUCCAGUGCAGUGCUGGCAAGCUGUCUGGUUUCCGCGGUGAUAAUUUGCACUAAGUUCCGUUCCACGCCUCACUCACCGAGUGUUUCGAGUUGUACGUAUGGAAAGAAAAAUGGUGAAGACACAGGCACACACACCCACGCACACACGCACACACGUACCAGUGCUUGUAAGUAGUUCAUAUGGGUGUAGGAGGAGUAAACAAUGGCAGGGGACUCCGCCUCGGAUGCUGGGAGACGGGCGACCGCCGCUGGUUGGACACAAAGCCGUCCUGGACGUCACCUGCCAGGAAGUCCUUCUCCGCAGAACAUCCAGAUAGAGGGGCACCCGUUUGCGUUUGUCCCGCUUUGCUGUGAAAACAGACGCAUCGCAUGGACUGCACAUUUAGUAUCCUCGGCGAGUGCCGUAGCUGACACUGGUCUCACAAGCGACCCCCAGGAGAGCGAGAGCGAAAUCCCUCUAAGCCUCCCGCACCACAAAGCCCGCUUCUUCGGGCACUUCAGGCUGCCCUCAUUCUGCAGUCGGAAUGGAUCUCGCGGGUGGAGAGCGUCCUUCACGGCGGCUCCGGGGGGCUCCGUGAAAUAUCCGUGUCCGUCACCUAUUUUGCAUAGAUGUACGACCUGUAUAAAGACUUACCUUGGUGAACUCACGUGAACUCAGGGAAUUCUGAGUGUCCCGACACAAGCGUUCUCUCGUUUCUUUUCAAAGACACCUAUUUAUUUGUGGUUCAGUGUCUUAUCGGCAUGUGGACAAUCAUUUCAAUGGAUCUAGAGGACUUCAUGAAGCCAAUGAAAUGACAGUUCUAAGGAAGAACUAUAUAUAACCCUCAUCAGUGAAUCGUCCCUCUGACACCGUUGACAUUGUUCCUCUGGACUUGCUGUACGUCACGCACAAUCGCUUUUCUCAAUGAGCACUGGAAAUUUUCACCGAGGUUUCGUUGCCGCAGUCUAGCCGGUGGGUGUCCCUCAAGUCAGUCGUCGAGAUUGUUGUGGUUUUGUGGUCCAAACUCGGAGCAGGGAGGGAAAGAAUACAAGGUGGGGUUUUUUUCAAUAUUUUUUUUUUUUGUUUUUAAAUUUUUAUUUUUGUUUAAUUAUUCCUCUUCCCCAGUGGCACAAGGCAGAGAAUUUAUGUACAGAAAAUUCUAAGAAUUCUACAAAUUGGAGACACUUUGUGUAUUUCAGUUGCCAGUUUAGCCUUAGCGUU